GACACGUUUCAUAUAGUAGAAGUAUGGGCGCAGAAAUGGCAGUUUGUGCGGGUACGCGGUUUUGUUAACUCGAUUUCAACACGCAAAUUAAAUAAAACAACAACGAAAACAUGAUUGAAGGCUAUUCGCCGGUUAUGCAGGCCUUUUUAGGCACAUUAUUCACCUGGGGAUUAACUGCAUGUGGUGCUUCCCUAGUUGUUAUCAUCCGAGGCUCUCAGAGGAAAGUUUUGGAUGCCAGUUUAGGCUUUGCCGCUGGUGUGAUGGUGGCAGCAUCAUUUUGGUCAUUGUUAUCCCCAGCUAUAGAACUAGCCGGUGAAUCUAAAUAUUAUGGUGAAAAUGGCGAAUAUGCCUGGGCUCCAGUAGCAUUGGGAUUCCUACUAGGAUCACUUUUUGUCUAUGGUGCGGAUGUACUCAUUUCCGUGCUCGGUCUGCACUCCCCGAACAUGAUGUUAGCGCUCCAUGCUUCUAAUAAAGGAAAAAGUAGAGAUGGGUCUCGAAGAGACUCUGCACAUAUGCCGCUACCUGACACAACUGCCGUGGAUGGGUUUUCUGACAUCGGGGGCACUCACGUUCAUCGUCGAAGGGUAGGUAAAAUGCUUCACACAAGCAAAGACCAACAUGCUGAUGGAAACCUUGUACUACAGAGUAUGGAGGAAGAAGAAUGCAAUAUUGAGGAAAUAGAACGCGGCCGUUGGAAGAGAAUUAUGUUGCUGGUAGUGGCCAUCACUGUCCACAAUAUUCCUGAAGGGCUGGCUGUUGGAGUCGGAUUUGCUGCUACUGGAAGUUCCACUUCUGCCAACUUUGAGAGUGCAAGAAAUUUGGCAAUUGGUAUUGGAAUCCAAAACUUCCCUGAAGGCUUAGCAGUCAGUCUACCUCUUCAUGCAGCUGGAUUUUCCGUAUGGAAAAGCUUGUGGUAUGGACAGUUGAGUGGAAUGGUUGAACCUAUUUUUGGUGUUUUGGGAGCGGUUGCCGUUAGCAUGGCCCAACCUGCUUUGCCUUAUGCCCUAUCUUUUGCAGCAGGGGCCAUGAUUUAUGUCGUGGUGGAUGAUAUUAUUCCAGAAGCAAACACUAGCGAAAAUGGAAAAUUGGCCACUUGGGGCGCAGUCCUGGGCUUUUUGGUAAUGAUGACUUUAGAUGUAGGAUUAGGCUAAACGUAAAUAUUUUCGAUUCUAUUCUGUUAUGUAACUUAAAUGUGUGUUUGUCCAUUGUCGUUCCUGAUGACUAACUCAUUUGUGUUCGUCCCUCACGAUUGAUCAAUAAAAUAAAGUGAAAACACCUAAUGAUACUGGGUGUUGAAGAGGUCGGUUAAGAGCGGAUGAGUUUUGGUUUUAAGCAAAAUUAAUUAACACAUUUCGGGAAACAUGUUAUUAUUAUAAAUAUGCAAAAUGAGUCAUCUAUACACAAUAGAUUAUUGUUACUGUUUCAAUCAAAUACAUUGACUGGAUCAAAAUAAAUCAUGUUUUAUAGUUUUUUAUAUAUAUAUUUCCAUUAUUUUCUGUGAAAUCAAUUUAAGUCAUUGCUGCAAGACAUUUCUAAUUUCUUAUGGAUUAUGGCUAUUGGGUGUAUGAUUCAUUUUGCAAAAGGUUUUUUUUCAUUUUCAUAUAAUAUAAGCUAUACGCCUAAAAGCAUUUGCGAAAACGUGAUUAAUUAAAAAAAUACUCCAAACCAAAUAAAUAAAUGCAAAAGCCUUUCCUAGCUGUGCAUAAACAGCACGCAAUUAUUAGAGAAGUUAAGAAAGGAAAGCGCUUUGUCCUAGGUCAAUUAUAUUGCUCGUAGUAGGUAACUAAUUUAAAUGAAAAUAAUUUUCUAAUUUACUGAAGGUAACAUACCAUACGGUUGCAAAUAUUGAUGAUUUCUAAAGGUACGUAAUGGCACCCAUACUUUAACAGUUCAUAGUUAGUUCUUUAAGUUACAAUUAACUCCGUUAUGCUCUAAGUGAAACUAGUAGUUCAGCAACUUUUUUCGCCCUUCACUUCAAUUCAAAAUUUACAGUUCAAUUCAAACUAAGGCCUUUAGCUCUAAGAAGGAUUAGGUAUAUUUUGCGAACCACUCAAAACUGCACAGUGAAGGGUUGAUGCUUAAAAAAGCCUUCCAGUAAUUUAUUAAAAUUCCAAAGUGGUUUGUUAGUUAAAUACACACUGAAAUAAUAGACAUUGUUGUGUAAGUAGCUUAUCUUUUGCAUUCUUGUGUUUUGAGUUCAAGGAAUGUUAAUUGAUCGUAAACACAAAAAAUGUUGAUUGCAUAAGUAAUCCUAGGAGUAUUUACCAAAAUUAGGAAAAGCUCUUUAGUUGCACAUGUUUAAAAAAAAAACAGGGUCGUCUUACUAUUUGUAGUUAGUAGGUUUCACUUUAGACUCACGAUGGUUAAUUUCAUUUUAUUUGUAAAAUAGCUUUAAUAGUUGAAUUCAUAACCACGUCCUCAAUAUCAAAGACUGGCCUAUCAAGUUCUGUUUUAAAAGAAAUAUUGAUAAUGCAUUUAUUCAUCAUCUCUGCCCAACCAACCAUAAAUUUGUCAUUUUGAGUUAAACGACUAGACAUUUCCAUGAAAGCAGUACCAGAUGAAUACAUGCAUUCCAAUAUGAUUGUUUGCAGUUUAGUAGUUGUACUUAUACCUGGAGUCGGAACUUUUCCAUUUCAAUCUUAAUUCAAGCAUUACAUCAAUGUAAAUGGAGGAAACUGUUGAGAGUUCCUCUAAGACCUGCAAGGCCGAUUGUACUCGAUGAAUCAGUUAUUUCAAUGCUUGAGUUAAUUCGUUUUUUGGUUGAAGGAAAAGUGUCUUAUUGUGUUCAUAAUUUUUGUGCGACUAUAGCAAUGUUAAAUGUCAGCCAAUUGUUAGCAACUACUGCUGUGAUACGGACAACCCAAUAGUGGUUGAAUAAAGACAUAUUUUUAGGUAA